CGCCGUGACGUAGUGAGCGCUACGAUUUUAUUAUUACUAUUAUUAUUUUGGUGAUGGCGGCAAUGUUGCGCCGUACCUUGCAACAUAAUAUUUUAUUAUCGUGGCCGUGCAGUCGUGUGCAGUGCGAACGAUAAGCCGGACAGUCGUGUCAGUGAUCCUUUCCGAGUGCGGUUUGUACGAGGACGAUAAUACGCGUGUAUCUUGCGCAGUGACUUCCCUGCAUAAUAUACGAGUGCAGACGAUAACCCAGUGAAGCUGCCCACGCCCGAAGGUUAUACGACAAUAUAAGCAACGAUAUUAUCACUGCGUGUCCUUUGUUUCAAUAAUAAUAAUAUCUAACCGAGCAAGCAAACGCGUUACAACCGAACCGCGGUAUACAUACCGCUGCGAUACCACAAGCGCGACUGUCGUUCCGGGCACCAGUCCAACAAGAUAUACCCAGGAGGGGGAACCCGCCAACCAAAAGGUAGUUGAAAAAAUGGUGGUUAAAAUUAUCAUCAUCGGGGCUGGAGUUGGAGGUACAGCAGCAGCUGCUAGACUUAGCAAAAAAGGAUUUCAAGUAGAAAUUUAUGAAAAAAAUGCAUACAAUGGCGGAAGAUGUUCACUCAUUUAUCAAAAUGGACAUCGAUUUGAUCAAGGUCCAUCAUUGUACCUGAUGCCCAAAAUAUUUGAGGAGACAUUUGAAGAUUUGGGAGAGGACAUUAAAAAUCACAUUGAUUUAUUGAAGUGUCCUUCUAAUUACAGUGUACAUUUUCACGACGGAGAAACAUUUGAACUUACCACAGAUUUAUCAAAAUUAUCUCGUUCUUUGGAAAAAUAUGAAGGCAACGGUGAAUCGACAUUAAUUAAUUUUUUGGGCUAUUUAAAAGAAACUCAUGUGCACUAUCAAAGGAGCGUUAAAGUUGCACUUAAGACCGAUUUCCAACAUUGGUAUGACUUUUUCAAUCCAAAACAUAUACCAGACGUUAUCCAACUGCAUUUAUUGGACACCGUUUACAACAGAGUUUGUAAAUAUUUCAAAAGCGACUACAUGAGAAAAGCGUUUUCAUUCCAAACAAUGUACUUGGGGAUGUCACCAUAUGAUGGCUUGGCUCCCUAUAGCUUACUGCAGUACACUGAAAUAGCAGAAGGAAUUUGGUAUCCGAAAGGAGGCUUCAAUACAGUUUUGCAAAGUCUUGAAAAAAUUGCUGUUCAAUAUGGGGCAAAGUUCAAUUAUAAUACCGAUGUCCAAGAAAUAAUAGUUGAUGACAAGGGAGUGGCAAAAGGAAUCAAAUUGGUAAAUGGUGAUGUGGUAAAUAGUGACAUUGUAAUCUGUAAUGCAGAUCUCGUAUAUGCGUACAACAAACUUUUGCCAAAAACAUCAUACGCUGAAAAACUCGGCAAAAAAGAACUCACUUCAUCUUCGAUAUCAUUUUAUUGGUCCAUGAAAACAGUUGUAUCAGAAUUGAAAGUACACAACAUUUUUUUGGCUGAAAAAUAUAAACAAAGUUUUGACCAAAUUUUCAAAGAUCAUACGUUGCCCGACGAACCAUCGUUUUAUGUUAACGUGCCUAGUCGCAUCGAUCCAACAGCAGCACCAGAAGGAAAAGACACAGUUGUGGUCUUAGUACCAGUGGGGCAUAUAUCGAAUGUCCCUAAUAUUGAUUUCGAUCAACUUGUUAAGAGAGCUAGAGAACAAGUAAUUGACACAAUAGAGAAAAGAUUGAAGAUAUCCAACUUCAGAAGUUUGAUCGAUCACGAGAUAGUGAACGAUCCGAGGACAUGGCAAAACGAAUUCAAUUUAUGGAAAGGGUCUAUUCUAGGACUAUCUCAUUCAUUGUUUCAGGUUUUAUGGUUCAGACCUAGUUUGAAAUGUAAAAUAUUUGAAAACUUGUAUUUUGUUGGUGCUUCUGCACAACCUGGUACUGGUGUACCAAUAGUUUUAUGUGGUGCAAAAAUGUUAGAGAAACAGUUGUGUGAUAGGUUCUUGGACGGUAAAGUUGAAAUAAGCAUAUGGUCGAAGUGUGUUUCAUUUUUAAUCGGUCUUCUAGCACUUCUGAUUUUUUGGUUUUUUUUUAGAUUUUAAUAAUGGCCAACCUACAGGCAUUGAACAUGCAUGUGUUCUGUGUGUUUAUCAUUUUAUUAUUGUAAUACCUACUCUUAAAAAAAAUGUAAAACUUUAAAUUCAUAGUGUAAGACAUAAUGUACUAAUUUAAAAUAAACAAUUUUGAAAUAUUA